AUGAGGCAGCGGCGUGAUAGAGAAGCUCGCAAAAAAGCGGAACAAGAAGCAAAAGAUCGGGAGCAAGAGGAGGCUGAGCGCAAGCGGCUACAGCAGGAGCAAGCCAAAGCCCAGGCUGCCCAGCCCUACCCUGCUGGCGUUGCUGGCGAAAGACCGACGCAGCGAAGAGCUGCACCGAGAGCCCCAGCUGGGCCGGAGCCUCGCACUACGUCUAACAUCCCCGGACCAUCCCCAACGAGCCCUCGUCGGCCGGACGCUCCCGCCAGUGCGUCUCAACCCAGGCAACCUGCUGCUGCUGGGUUUGCACCGCAGCAAGCGCCUCAGCCGGUCCCGCCGCAAACCUCGCAGUCCAAGCUUCCCUCCCAACAAUCUCAAGGCCCGACAGCCGCACCACAGCAGCCCCAACAGCCUCGACGCCCUGGUUUUCCUCAUGCAUUUGAACGGUGGGAGACGCUCUCGUCUCACUGGGAAGGACUGACCAGCUACUGGAUUCGCAAGCUUGAACAAAACAACGAGGCACUCGAGCGGGACCCUCUCAGCCAGCAGAUGGCGCGCCAAGUUACCGACCUCAGUGCCGCUGGUGCCAAUCUCUUCCAUGCCGUUGUGGAGCUGCAGCGCCUGCGCGCAUCAUCCGAGCGAAAGUUUCAGCGAUGGUUCUUUGAUACGCGCGCCGAGCAAGAACGAUCCAAGGAGCUGCAGGGUGAACUAGAAAGACAAAUUCAGACCGAACGACAGGCCCGCACGGAGGCGAUGGCUUCUGUUCAAAAGGCGGAGGGCGACAAAACCCGUAUGGAGGAUCUGCUCAAAGAAAUGCGCCGCGAACUCCAGAUCUCGAAAGACGAAGCUCGCCGUGCCUGGGAGGAACUUGGCCGUCGCGAACAAGAAGAGCGGGAACGCACAAACUCCCUCCGCAACGGAGAGCCUACUCUGGUUGGCGGAGUGCAGGUGGUUCCAAUGAUUGCAGGGCUUCCUCGUCGGGACCCGGCACGCCCUCCGACCAGGGAAGGCCCUUACACUGGAGGUGAAUCGAAGCCGACGGAGGACCUGUACGGAGAUACCCCGGUUUCGCCUGUUGGGACCGAUCCAUUCAUGGAAGGGCAGAGGCUCCACGAGUCCGAUGUACAAAGUUACCCACAGGCGCCGGCUCCUCCUACCACCGGUGCCCAGAGCCAAGGACAUUAUGCUAGCUAUUACGAGCCAGAGAGUACCUAUCCCCCUCGCACCGCUGCGGGCCACGAAUCCAGCUUAGCAAGCAGUGAGCCUGGGGACGACUAUGGAUAUCAGCAAAACCCGCAGAGCCGCCAUCAGGCCUACCCUCGGUCAGAAGAGAGCGACGACUACGAGCAGGCGUCGCUUGAGGACAGCGAAGGCGGAGGAGGAGCCCAGGACGACCCCUAG